AUGGUUGCCGUAGUCGAGCACGACCUCUAUCCUGGCGUUGGCGCCGUAGCGUUGGAGCGUGUUGCUGUCUCGCUGCGCGAUUCGUUCGAUGUCUGCUCGAGAGUAGUUGCCGGUGACCUUGAUCUCGGUCACGCCCGUCUUCUUCAGUCUGCCGCCAAUGUCUCUUGUUGA